AAGCGGAACAGGAAGAACGGCUCGGCCUCAACAAGCAAGCAAAGCGAGAGAUCCCCCUCCCCUUCCCCUCCGCCUUUCGCCUUCCACCGCAAGCGACCGGGAGGAGGCGGCGUCCUGCGCUCUCUCCAUCUCUCUCUCUCGCCUCCCGAGCCCUAACCCUAGCUCGUCGGAGCCAUGUCGCCACCCGAGAACCCCAGCCCCGCCGCGCCGUCGGAGCCUGCGCAGCCGCCGCCGCCGCCGGCCAAGUCCAAGGGGAAGAAGAAAGACGAGAAGAAGGACGACGAUCUGUCGGAGGAGGAUCUGGCGCUCAAGGAGCAGCUCGAGCUGUACGUGCUGCGGGCGCAGGACGCGGAUCCAGGCGUGCAGAAGCUUGCGCUCGAGGGCAUGAGGCAGGAGAUUCGUUCUGCCACAAGCUCAAUGACUUCUGUCCCGAAGCCACUGAAAUUCCUCCGCCCACACUAUGGAACCCUCAAGUCCUACUUUGAAACCAUGCCAGAAUCUGAUCUGAAGAAGUACAUGGCCGACAUACUGUCAGUGUUAGCCUUGACAAUGUCUCUUGAAGGAGAAAGAGAGAGUCUGAAAUACCGUUUAUUGGGAUCUGAAGGUGACAUUGGUUCAUGGGGUCAUGAAUAUGUGAGAAAUUUGGCAGGCGAGAUUGCACAAGAAUUCCAAAAGCGCCAGGAUGAUGAGUUGCCCAUUGAUGCCUUAAUGGAGCUAGUGCAGCAAAUUAUUUCAUUCCACAUGAAGCAUAAUGCUGAGCCUGAAGCCGUAGAUCUUCUUAUGGAGGUUGAAGACCUUGAUUUGCUAGCUGAGCAUGUUGACUCUACAAACUACAAAAGAGCUUGCUUGUACCUUACUAGUUCAUCCAAAUACCUUCCUGCUCCUGAUGAUAUGUUGGCACUUGACAUAGCAUAUACCAUUUAUAUGAAGUUUGGAGACCUUGCAAGUGCUUUGAGAAUUGCUCUGCUCCUUGACAAAUCCAUGCAGUAUGUGAAGCAAGUUUACACAACAACUGACGAUCUUCUGCUCAAGAAACAAUUCUCAUACAUCAUUGCACGCCAUGGUUUGGCCAUGGAGAUUGAUGAUGAGAUAGCUGCUGAUGACAAUGACAAGGAGGUUUUGCAAGAAAUAGUUAAUAAUACGAAGCUGAGUGAGGGAUACCUCACUCUUGCUCGAGAUAUUGAGGUCAUGGAGCCAAAAUCUCCAGAGGAUAUAUAUAAGGUCCAUUUGAUUGAUGGCCGUGGUGCCAGCUCCAGUCUUGAUUCUGCAAGACAGAAUUUGGCUGCAACAUUUGUCAAUGCGUUUGUGAAUGCUGGGUUCGGCCAGGAUAAGUUGAUGACUCCACCAUCUGAUUCUUCCAGUAGUGGGUCUUCUGGAAAUUGGUUAUUCAAGAACAAGGAACAUGGAAAAGCCAGCGCAGCAGCUAGUCUGGGAAUGAUUCUCCUGUGGGAUACUGAUUCUGGGCUUGCUCAGCUCGACAAGUACUUGCAUAGUACUGAUGCUCAUGUUGUUGCUGGAGCUUUGCUUGGUAUUGGAAUUGUUUCUUGCGGUGUGAAGAAUGAUUGUGACCCUGCACUUGCUAUUCUCAUGGAGUAUAUUAGCAAGGAUGACUCAAGCAUACGGAUUGGGGCAAUAUUGGGUCUCGGUAUUGCAUAUGCUGGUUCCCAGAAAGAUGAGCUUAAAAUGCAUCUAUCGGGUGUGUUGGGAGACUCCCAAUCACCUCUUGAGGUCUUGGUCUUCUCAGCCAUUGCCUUGGGAUUGGUGUUUGUUGGUUCUUGCAAUGAAGAGAUUGCGCAGUCCAUCAUCUUUGCCUUGAUGGAGCGUAGUGAGGCCGAGUUGGCUGAACCCAUUAUACGGUUGCUUCCAGUUGCACUUGGCCUUCUAUAUCUUGGAAAACAGGAGAGUGUAGAGGCUACCGCAGAGGUCUCUAAAACAUUUGAUGAGAAGAUAGGGAAGUACUGUGACGUAACACUUAUGUCACUGGCAUAUGCUGGAACAGGGAAUGUGCUUAAGGUUCAGAAACUUAUUGGCAUUUGCUCACAGCAUCUUGACAAAGGUGAAACACACCAAGGGCCAGCUGUCCUUGGAAUUGCUCUUAUUGCUAUGGCUGAAGAAUUAGGGGCUGAAAUGGCUGUACGUUCACUUGAGCGUCUUUUGCAGUAUGGUGAGCAGAAUAUUAGACGAGCAGUUCCUCUUGCUCUCGGUAUACUCUGCAUAUCUAAUCCCAAGGUAAAUGUGAUGGAUACACUGAGCAGAUUGAGUCAUGACGCGGAUGCUGAUGUGUCGAUGGCUGCAAUCAUCUCAUUGGGUUUGAUCGGUGCUGGCACAAACAAUGCCAGAAUAGCUGGCAUGCUUCGCAAUCUUUCAAGUUAUUACUACAAAGAAGCUGCUCAUCUAUUUUGUGUAAGAAUUGCUCAGGGACUUGUUCACCUUGGUAAGGGUUUGUUGACCCUUUCUCCAUACCAUUCUGAUCGAUUUCUUCUUUCCCCAAUGGCGCUUGGAGGGCUUGUAACUGUUCUGCAUGCCUGCCUUGAUAUGAAGUCCACCAUUCUAGGGAAGUAUCACUACAUUCUCUACAUCAUCGUCCUAGCAAUGCAGCCUAGGAUGCUUUUAACGGUGGACGAGGAUCUGAAGCCCCUCUCUGUUCCAGUCCGGGUUGGGCAAGCUGUCGAUGUGGUUGGUCAGGCCGGAAGACCUAAAACAAUUACCGGCUUCCAGACACAUUCGACACCCGUCUUGCUUGCAGCAGGGGAGCGAGCUGAACUAGCGACUGAAAAAUACAUUCCACUGACAUCGGUACUGGAGGGCUUUGUAAUUCUUAAGAAGAACCCAGAAUAUCAUGAGGAGUAAGACAAUUUAUUGGCCUGAUAUGAUACUGAUUUCGGGGCUCGCCUGCAUUGCGGACUCAUAGCCCUGUUGGUCGUCGUCGGGGACCCUUGUUAUGCCCUUCCAUCUCUGGCUUGGCACUUCCUGGUGGUUCAUCAGACAUUGCUUUUCAUACCAGUUGUAGCUGACUUAAGCGCGUUUGGUUUGGUUUUGUGAUGACUGACAUACCACUUCGUAUCCCAACCGGGGCACGUAGGAGUUGAGUACUUAAGUUGCUGUUUACUUCUACCACCAGCUUUUUUGUAUCCAUCAAAUAUGUAUCAGAAUUACUGGGGACAUCUUUAGAACUGAUUUGGUGGAGGUGAUACGAUGGCAUACAGUAGCAUUUUUGUUGUUCGACUCGGGCGAGAGACGCAAACUUUUGUUUGGUAAGUUGCGCCAUAAUUUGUCCUGUCAUAGCA